CACUUCAAAAUCACAUACUCAAAAGUCAAAGUUCUCAGUUGCACUUAGCAUAGGCAACGGUUCUAGUGAGCAAUUUGUUUUCUUGCUUUCUUAAUAAUUAUAGUUACAUCAUCAAUAGUUUUUCUAUUAAAAACAUGAAAUCUAGUACCAAGUACCAACCACAGCAGUAAUGAUGGUGCGACGACCGAGUCCCGACCAGGAACUUUGGCAAAAUCUGAACUGUGUGGUGAAUGGGUCGCCUUUACAACGCAUGGCAAUUUUCUUGUGGAUUCGGAGAAGGCCCUGAGACUGAGUUAACAAGGAAAUGAGUCUAGCUAGACAGGAGUGUAAAGAGCUUUCUUUAGGACUAGAGCUGGCCACCAAGUAUGGUAUUUUCAAAGUUACGGAAUGCAUUGCUAUGGGCAGAUGCUGUGAAGUUUAUCAGGGUGAACAGAGCUCCACAAAAAAAUGUAUUGCUCUUAAAGUUUUUCGCCGUUGUCAAGAUUAUGGAGGUGCUCUCCAACGAGAACUGUCAUUUCUCCAGAAACUUUGGUGCUCCAGAUGCCCUUGUUGUGGACCAUCUAGGUGAAAUGCGGUAUGAGGGUCGGGACAUCUUGCUCCAAGAAAUGUUAACUUGUACUUUACGUGAUAUAUUUUUAAGUAUAGAAGGAAGUUCAUGCUCUGCUUGGCUGGUAAUAACUCUUGCCAAUGAUAUACUAAGGGGCCUGGCACACAUUCAUAAUAAUGGUAUUGUUCAUGCUGAUCUUAAACCAAUGAAUUUAAUGUGGGAUGCUAAAACUUCUACGUUUAAAAUCAUAGAUUUUGGACUAAGCUUCAGAACUACAGAACAAUAUACUCACGCUAUUCAGAGCAAAGGCUAUCAGGCUCCUGAGUGCAUGAGGUGGAAUUCUUUUUCUGUGGCACAGAGAUUCAAAGCAGUAGAGACACCAGGACCACCUGCAGACGUUUGGAGUGCUGGUUGCAUUAUUAUUGAGGCGAUGACUGGAAGUCAGUUUUCUUAUGGCGAUGGUGAAAACACUGAAGAAACAUUAAGAGCAAGAGUGGAAGCCAUGUCUUGCUCCUAUAGUGGACCUUUCAUUGUAGAAGCACAAAGAUUUCUCAUCAGAUGUUUACAGGUCUCACCUAGAAGACGGCCCGGCGCAGAUGAAUUAUUGGGUGAUCCUUGGCUGAAGCAAUACCAUCAGCCACUUUUUACCGAUACAGUGCUUUUGCCAACAACAGUAAUACGAAUCUUGAAUGCUGAAGAUCCUGGCGUUGCUGACUCUGGCAUUACUAAAGAAUGCAGAAUUCUGAAUCUUUGUAAGAAAUAUGGUGAGACAAGAGGUCAUCAUUUUGAAGCUGCUCUUGGUCACUUUUAUGUUUGCUACCAGGAACCCUCAGAAGCAGAGGCUGCACAGCAAGCUCUUACAAAAUGUUUGAUAAAUGAUAGAAUGAUUAUUGACUUUCUAUUCAUUUUCUUCCUGGACAAAAAGAGAUUUUUACUAGAUAUAUAUGAAUAUAUGAAUGCAAAACAUUUUUACUGUAGCAUUUUAUGUAAUGUACAAAUCUUAUUUAUAAUUGUUAUUGAUAUGCCAAUUUUAGUACAACUGAUUAUAUGA